GCGGAAGUUCGGAGCGCCGUCGCCUUAGCAACGCCUGAGCGACGCCGUCCCUCGUGAAGCGGCCGCUGCCAUGGCAGAAACGGCGCCGCCUUUGACGCCCACCCCGACCCCGACGCCCACCCCGACGCCCUUGGCCCGGCAGAGCAGCGCCCCCAGCCCCGCCAGGGCCUACCACCUGCGCCCGGCCUUCCACCACAGGUUCCGUUCUUCCAUCGUGAAAGAUUGCAUCCGUGAAGUCCUGAAGGAGGAGUUGGCCAACGUACAGUACAACCCAGAGGAGACCGGAACCAGAACCAAAGUCUUAUCUGAGCUGAUCCGGGACAGGCUGAAAGAUAAAGGAUUUAACCGAUAUAAAAUAGUGGUGCAAGUAGUGAUCGGAGAACAGAGAGGCGAGGGAGUGAACAUGGCUGCCCGUUGUUUUUGGGAUGCUGAUACCGAUAACUACGCUCAGGAUGUUUUCAUCAACGAGAGUCUCUUCUGUGUCGCUGUGGCCUUUGGCUGUUUUUUCUACUAAUGCCGGCUGCAAGUUCCAAGAAGAACGGCGUUCGUUUUGAAGAUCCUGAAACAGCAGGAUUACAGACUGCUUUUCCUUUCCUCCCUGUGUGCCUGCACACUCAUAUGUAUAUAUAUAUAUAUAUUUGUAUAUACCGAUAGUCCAUUGUAUGAAAUAUAGCUUCCACAUGACAUUUUUAAGAUCCCCCAAACUCCUGCUAUUGCUGUUGUGUAUAUAAAGAGAACUCCAGCACAAUUCCCCUGGAAAUGGAGAACAGCCGCUGUUCGGUUUCCGGUGGGUUGCAUACAUAAUUUCCCCGUUGUGUUGCUCUCUGCGCUUAGCGACAUCUGUACAUGGUACCAAAUGUGGCUAUUUAAAUACAGCUGUUAAACAAAAGUUAUCCUUAUCCUUGCAAAUCCAUUGCACCUGUCUCAAUCUAUUCUUAUAUUUUGAAAUAUCAUUGGGUUAUACUAUAA